AUGGCCGCCGCUUCCGUUCGUGUCCUCGUCCUCCUCCUCGCCGUCUCGGCCUCCUCCCUCCGGCGCACCGCCGCCACGAUCACCGUGGAGGCUGCGUGCCAGCAGCACACGAAGCACCCGGAGUUCUGCGUGAAGGCCCUGUCGUCGGCGAACCCGGAGAUGAAGGCGGCGGCCUUGAACGGCGGCCUGCCUGGGAUCGCGGAGCUGUCGCUGUCGCUGGCGGCGCAGAGCGGCGCGGAGACGGUGGCGUUCGUGAAGGGCCUGGAGAGCAUGCCCGGCGGGAUGCCGCCCGAGUGCCUGGAGGAGUGCGUGGGCAAGUUCCAGGCGGCGGUGGCCGAGCUGCAGCGCUCCAAGGCGGCGGUGGAGCAGGGCAAGGACGAGUCCGGCGUCAGCACGUGGCUGUCGGCGGCGAAGACGGACGGCGAGACGUGCAUGGAUGACUGCCACAGGAUAGAGGGCGGCGCCGAGCUGCAGAUGGUCGACAAGGUCGCGGACCUCACCAAGAUGUGCUCCAUCGCCCUCUCCCUCACCGAUGCUUCAGUCCAUAAUCGCACCGCAUGAGAAAUUGAGAAGACGUGUAGUAUGCACGGUGCAUUGGCACAUGUAUUUUAUACUGUUGUUGCGUUUCUUGUUCCAUGCACAACAGAGAUUGACCAAUUUAUGUCAUCGCCAAAUGAAUUGUAC